CAUUGGAGCUGGCACCAAGAAUAUGCAGGUGUACCCAAAGUGUAAAGCAGGAGGGGAUGGUGAUACCGGAGGGCACAAGCGGUGUGGAAGAGGAGUCGGCAGGUUGAAGUCUGAAGGAGACGCUGUCCCCAAUACUGAACGCAAAUGUCCACGUCCCAUUCGCUGCCAGCCAGCCACUGUGCCUAGCACCAGCAGACAUAGGCGGGAAGAGUCUCUGAUAUAUGGACGUUCACCACAUACCAUCAACUUCAGUCUGUCCUUCAACCCAGAACGCCUUAAGCAAGCCAGACAGUUUGUGGAGAGGGCCAUCAAGCAAAGGAAGAUCUUCAUGGUGCAUGGCCCCUACCCCGUGAUCCGGAAACGACUGCGUGGCAGGGGAUGGGUGGAGAGAAAGUUUCCCAAGUUGCCUAAACCUGCUAAUAAGUGGGUGCGCAUACCUGAUGGGGAGCAGGAGGAAGAUGGAGAUGAUAGUGAUACCCCAGAAGAUGAUGAAGAGGAGGAGGAGGAAGAUGAACAGGAUGCUGAUGCAGAUGGCACCUAUAGCCUCAUGUCAAGGUUGGUUCGCAACCACAUCCCCUACUUCAUCUGGACCAACCGGCGUGAUGUCAUUGACUGCCGCCUCCUACGCAAGGACCAGAUGAUGAAUCACUAUGCCAAGGCUGGCACUUUCACCACCAAGGUGGGACUAUGCCUUAAUCUACGUAACCUGCCAUGGUUUGACCAGGCUGAUGCGGAUACAUUUUUUCCACGUUGUUAUCGACUGGGAGCUGCAGAUGAAAAACAUGCCUUCAUUGAGGAUUUCCAGCUCACUGCAGCCAGGAGUCUUCUCAAAGUGGUGGUGAAACGACAUUGGCACAAAUCUCCCUUCACUGCAUCACUGGAGGCUAGUGAGGAUGAGCUUCCUGAUAACAAGGAGUCUCAAGUUGAACCUGGUAACAAAAAAAAGUCUGUACUGUCAUCCCAACUGCUUGAGACUGCCAUACAAGCCUGUGAGGAGUAUUUGAGUAGCUUGAAGCACCAGGACAUUGACAAAGAUGUCGGAUCUCCACUGCUGAUGACAAAGGCACACUGGGAGCAGUUUUUACAAGGCUACUACCAGGUAGUCCAUGCGGGCGCAAACCUGAUGCAGACGGGCAGCCACAUUGAACAGUGUGAAGAUCUUCUGCAGCGGCUGUCAAAAGUGGUUCCGCAGCUGGACAUGGAAGGUGAUAAAAACAUCUGGAUUGUAAAGCCAGGAGCCAAGUCCCGGGGCAGAGGAAUAAUGUGUAUGGAUCGCUUGGAGGAUAUUGUGAAGCUAGUGGAUUGCGACCCCAUGAUUGUCAAGGAUGGCAAGUGGGUUGUGCAGAAAUACAUUGAGACACCACUGCUCAUAUUCGGUACAAAAUUUGACCUGCGCCAAUGGUUCCUGGUAACUGACUGGAACCCACUCACUAUCUGGUUCUACCAGCACAGUUAUAUCCGCUUCUCUACACAGCCUUUUUCCCUGCGAAACCUGGACACCUCCAUCCACCUCUGCAAUAACUCCAUCCAGAAGCACUAUGAGAACUCGCAGAACCGCCAUUCUGAGCUGCCCCCCGACAACAUGUGGUCAUCAGAGCAGUUCCAGAUCCACCUGCGUCAGGUGGGGGCACCAGAUGCCUGGUCAAAGGUGAUUGUGCCCGGCAUGAAGGCCGCAAUCAUACAUGCCAUGCAAACUUCACAAGAUCUGGUUGAGUUCCGCAAAAACAGCUUUGAGCUCUACGGUGCAGAUUUUCUUUUCGGAGAAAACUACCAGCCGUGGCUGAUUGAGAUCAACGCCAGCCCAACUAUGGCAGCCUCCACUGCCAUCACCACCCGGCUGUGUGCCAGUGUGCAGGAAGACACUCUACGGGUGGUCAUCGACCGCAAGUAUGACCGCACCUGCAGCACAGGAGGCUUUGAGCUCAUCUGCAAACAGGCGGCUGUUGAGAUUCCCCAGUAUGUUGGCAUCAGCCUUUUGGUCGAAGGCUCCACUGUCAAGAAGCCUCGGACCUUGUUUCAAAAAAGUUCCAUGUCUGAUGACGCAAAGGACACGGGGGGACUGCAGCAGGCCAAGAGCCCUAAAUUUUGUUAUCAGCAUGGAAGUCGUAGGAACCCCCGAGGGCCUACCCCAUGCUGGGCCGUAACGAGCAGUAAGGCCUUGGUAUCGGCAAGCCCUGGGAAAGAGAACAAAGCCGAAGAGACAUCUCUGACCAGUCAGGUGGCCUCUUCAACUUCUGCAACAUUCAAGUGCCCCAGCAAGCUGAAGCCUGACCCGUGUAACAGACGGGUACUGAUGGCGCACAGCAUGGCUGCCACCGUUGCUAUCCCGGAGGACCUGCCCUCGCGGCCAGCGCUGCUCUGUGCCAAAUCCAGCUCUCAGAAGCUGGCCACUAGUCUGCAGGAGUCCACUAACCACCCUGGCAAGAUCGCUGGUGUGUUUUUGCAGGUGCCCAGCAAAGCAAACCAAAUACCAGGCCCUGCUGUGCCCUGCAGGUUCCCAUGCCUCUUCUGCAAAGAUGGAAAGGCCUUGGCAAGCACGCAAAUGGUGUGUAGCUGCUCCAGAGCUAAGGCUUUGCAUUCCAAAGCUCCCAAACUCCGCUUCCGCAAAGGGGCCAGCUCUUGCCAAGCAUACAAUGAGUCUCUGAAUGCUCAAGGGACACCCCUCUUCCCUCCACUCCAGCCUGAGAAGCCUUACUUGAUUAACACUUCGCACAGGAGGGGAAAUCCGAAGACAGCUUCCCUUAAAACAUGCUGCAGUUCCACCCAGUAGCUGCAAUGUCACCAUUCUCCAUUUGGAAGAGCUGCCUCCUUCCAGCGCAGUCAUCAAGGAGUUCAUACAGCCCUGCAGAACUGCUGUCUCCCUGUCUCUGGUGCCAACUUUUGAAAACCAAGACCAUGAAACUAGCCGGCAGAUUUCCAGCACACACAAUUCUUCCAUAGGUUUUUGACCUGUUGUGACUUCAAUCCACUAAAAAUCUAAGAAGGGGCUCUGCCUUUUGAAAUAUGCCUAGAGUUUUGGGAACUCCAAGAAUACCUCUGGUGGAUCAUGUAGUGUCCACAUCAGCCAGCUGGAUUCCAAGGAUGGUUGGGACUUUUUCAGCUUCCCUUGUUCAGCCAUCGGUUGUAGAUACCUCUGCAUUCAACCUUUUCCUUCAUGUGACUAGAUGACUUCCCUGAAGUUUGUUCCCAAGCUCUGAGAAAGGAGCAUUUUUGAAACACC